GGUAGAGCCAUGUCUGAUCAAUCAGUAGGCCACUGGGAUUGAGCGGCAGGCUGGAGAGCAGGUUUUGAGAUGCUUCAGUGUCAUACAGAUUUCCUGGAAAAACUGAAAGACAAUGAGAAAAUCUGUAGCACCAAUUGUCCAAAUAGUCCUCAUGAUGCAGUUCCGUGUUUUUUUAAAGGACCGACAUUGUCUAAUGGCUACCCAUCUGGCGCCUCCGAAGCCAGCAAACUAAUGAAAACAGUCAAACCAGAUGUUAGCAAGCCACUACAUGUGGUUAAUGGAUACUUGAACCAUGAUAAGGACAAGGCUACCAGUGCAAAACAUGCAAGGACUACUGGUAAUAGGAAACAAAGAAGCAAAUUUUCAGCUGCAGGGUGCGUCUUCGUUAAAGGGACCACCAAUAAGGGCUGUGGGUUGUCCACCUCUAAGAUACCAGCAACAGAAGCUGACCCCCCUUCGACAACCACUUUCAAAAAGAAGAUUUGGAGGAAUAAAAGUAGGAGGGAGGUGCUUCCUGGUGGUCGUUUGAAGACCACACAAUUUAUUUUAAGCCAGCAGCCACCGGAGGAAGAAGACUGGGAAAAAGAGUACCCGGCCGACUUGGAAAAGAGAGUUGAAGUCCAAACCUGUGUUCCAGAAGAUGCUUGUGUGAUGGCUUUGCGGGAUUUAACACUGGAACCAUUGAAGAACAUGCCUUUAACAGCCUGUUACAGUCCAGCCGUACACCACCCAGGCCCACUCCUCUUGUCCUGUUCUGACGUCGCUCCUGAGCCUGAACAGUUUGCCGAUGCUGAUGAGUAAGCUUUUAUUCUGGUAUAAACAUGAUUGAUUUACAGUCAAACGCGUUAUCCCUUAAGGUGGUUAUAAAGAUUGAGGGUCAUUCAUAGAAUAUCUAUGAUAGUUUUGUUUGUUGGCCUAUUUACAGACAUUAUUUCAAAAGAAUUUAGGUUGAUAUCCACACAAUUACAAAUUAGUUCUGAAUUAUGUGCCGUGUACAACCAGUGUAACUCUCAUCAUUCCUUGUUUAUUGUACAAAAUAACUAAAAGUCUUUUGUUCUGAUUCUCUUUUUUUUUUUUUUGUCUCAUAACCUAAAUAAAUCAAAUGUUCCA